GCCAGUUAUAGCUAUAGCUCUGGCAGCAAUGACCUAGGAUCAAGGGGCUUAGUCUUGCAUUAACUGAAAUAGCUUGGCGUUAGCUUGGUUUUCUUGACCUUGGUGAGUCUCAUCCGGACUUUUGUGAGAGGGUCGAUGGAGCAAUAUAUGAAGAGAAGACAAUGCCUAUUCUCCGAUCAUUCCAUUCACGGAAAGAAAGUGAACAACUUCCGCUUCCUACUUAUACUCACUCUCUGCCGUAUACGAUGGCAUACCGGUCAGACCCACACUUUUUGUUGACCCUCUUUCGUGAACUCUUCAAUACCUUUAUUCAUUCCACCGGAGAUGACCCACUACUUGCGCGAACGCAUCGAUCUAUCCAAAAUCAACCUGUCCAAACGAAUAAUACUUUACUAUUAGUACCGAUUACUCUAGGGCUUCUCCUUAACCUCUUAAUACGGUACAUUAUUGGUCGUGUCCUAAUGUCUAUCUUAAUCCUUGAAACUGUAGAGAAGCAGGCUGAUGCUUCUGAGCUGGGGGACAAGAAGCCAGCUCCCUCCAGUCGCCAACUGCUCCGAACCAGUGCCAUACUCUACCGCACUGGGGGUGUCCGUCUUCUCCUGAAUGGUAUCGGUUCCGCCUGUACUUACUGGACGAUGCACAUCUCGGUGGCAAAAUUAUCGACUACUCUGCUUCCCAGCCCGGCCGCGCAUAUCCUUGCAUCAGUCCUACUCGCUGAGACCCAUUUUCUCUGGACCGCGCGCACCAUCCUUCCGCGUAACCAGCUGCGCUUCGUGUCCAACCCCGGCGACCGCCAGAGGUGGAAAGCGCUGGUGCUUCCAACUUUAGUCUAUGCCGCGGCUGAAGCGGUGAUGAUGCAUUUGACAGCUCUAUUCGACAGCAGCAUCUCCCCACCGCCGGACGGGGAAGUCACAAUAGCGGGAUUAUUGUACAUUGUGAGAUCCGACAUCCUCGUAUCAGGGCUCAUGCUCGCUGCCCAGUUGUUUCUCCUUCUUCCCUCUUACAUGGUGUUAAUCCUGGUCCAGGCCAGUUUUCUGCCGCCCACUUGCGAGACGCUGAUCUUCAAUCCAUCGAGGCAGCAGCACCGGGGCAGACGGGUGGGAGAGAUCUUUUCAGCGGUCAAUCGAGGACCGCGACAAGCACAACAGGCGGUGCAGAUGAUUGAGAUCGGACAGUUACUCAGUUGUCUGGAAUUGCAUGGGAAGAUGUGUCUAUGUUUGGUUGGGGUUGCCGCCAUGGUGCAUUCAGUGGUCUACUGUAUGUUGUAGAAGGAAUACCAGCGUCCCACGACUACAUUUUCGAACCUGGUUUCUCGACGCUAAAUGUCCUCGUGGAGGAAUUAGUUAGAGUACCUUCUACACUGGGCCAAUAAAGAGUGCCGGCUGGAAUCCCUUCCGGCUUCGCCAGCAGACGAAUAAAAUGAGGAGAUAAAGAAACGGUAAAAGUCAUCUUCCUGCACCAGUGGUGUCUCCAAGACCCUUUUGUAUCUAAGUCAGUGUUCUAAAG